AUGCCCAGCAACAGCAUCACGAAGCCGUGCCACAACUGUCGACGCCGACGCCUGCGGUGCGAUCGCUCAUGGCCAACGUGCCAUAAGUGCGCGUCGUCGGGGCAGGAGUGCCUUGGAUAUGGAAAGGUAUUUGUUUGGACACAGGCCAUCGGCUCCCAUGGGAACCCGAGAUCCCUACCCCCCUACGCACGGAGGCUAGGCGAGACGGGAGAAGCGCGAAUCAAACCUCAGGUCGGCUUCCAGGUGGUGCCUGAUGGCAACGCCUCGGGUGCUUGGUCCAUAGGGGAACUCGACAGCUGCAGCCCAACUCGAACCAGUCGAGGAGACCAAACACUCGCCCAACAACACCACUAUCAAGUACCGCAGGUCCCUAAGCAACCGCAAGUCUUUCCCGGAGCAUUGCCGGAGGAUGAUGAUGAUGGGCCCGCCGCGGCGAAGGCAAGCAGACGCUGCUCAAAUGACAUUGAAGCAUCGCAACCGACACUACUGGAUCGUAACGCCGACAAAACCUGCGUACUGAGCCAAGGAAACCUGAUAGAUCCGCUUUUCCAAGACUUGGAUCGGAAUUCUAGAUACUAUCUUGCACAUUUCGCCGAUAGUGUGUGCAAAGAUCUAGUGGCUAGAGACUCCCCUGAUAGCAAUCCUUUCCGACAGCUGAUUCCCUUGACCAACAAACAUCCGCUGUUGCUGCAGAUCCUCAUUGCCACGUCUGCUAUUCACUCAUCCAACAUGUUCCGGCCCAUCACGGCCAUUCCCACUAACUUGACAGACCCUGGUGGUUAUCUUGCCCAGAUACGCUCACAAGACUUGGUCUCCAGACAGGCUCUUGUAGAUGCCUUGACCGCAAAGCAAAAAGCAAUGGGUCAUCUCCGCGAAGUUUUGGAUACGUUGGAUCCUGCUGGGAGUGAAGUUGCCUUGGCGGCGAUGCAUUUCUUCGUCAAAUUUGACCUUAUCGAUCUAGAACAAACGGAAGGGAAAGGAUGGCAGGCCCACUUGGCUGGCGCAAGCAGCAUCUUGGCUUUAUUGACAACCGAGUCAUCCAGGAGCGCUUCCAGCCGAAUGUUGCACGACUGCGUCAUUGCCGAUUGCUUCAUAUAUCACAUCCUUGGCUCAACCUUGGGAUCCGGAGCUAUAGCGUCCCGCAUCGCACGCUAUGCCUUUGAGUUUUUGCCCGUGAUGAAGCGGGUCGAGGUGAACAGCUAUCUUUCGUGCCCACCAGAGAUUCUCCAAAUCAUCCUCCUGGCCUCCCAGCUUUCAUACGAGAGCCCCUGCAUUGAUUGGAACCUGUCUGCCGCAGACCAGGCGCUCGCACUCAUUGACCAAGCGCUUGCCUUUGACAUUCCCGCGUGGGCCGACCGGCUUCGACAAAUGCCCAAUAUAACGGACAUUGAGAGCCGUAUCCACAUUGCAUCGGCGCAUCGCUCGGCCGUCUGUUUGUAUAUCCUCCAGGCACUUCCCUUGUCUCGCGCAGUGCGUCCUGUCGAUACCAGUUUUCUCGUGAGUGACAUACUCGGUCACCUUGGCCAAAUCAGCGAACAAGACCCUUACUUUAAGGCUACUUCUUGGCCGACAUUUAUUGCUGGCGCGGAGACCCGGGAUAGCGAAAAGCGGUCUUGGGCCAUGACCCGUAUCCUUGCCAUCUGGAAAAUUUGCUCAUGGGGGUAUAUUUUUACGGCCAUUGAGAUGUUGAGAGCGACCUGGCAGAUGCAAGAUUCCAGACCAGACUCUGCUGUAAACUGGCUUCAAGAUCUUAAAGACAGGGGCUUUGAUUAUUUGAUUGUGUAG